CGUUCAGAUGCGCGCCGCCGAGCGCAUCAGCCUGGGUGGCCCGGCCGCCGCGCCCGGGGACCGGACCACCAUGGAGGCCCUCUCCGCCCGCUACUGGAACCACAACGUGGUCAACUACGAUGAGAAGCUCUCGGAUGGCUUCUACGACGUCUGUGGCGCACCCAUGGAUCCGGGCUUCCAGGUCAAAUUCCCAUCCUUGAGCAGCCUCAGGGCGAUUCCCGUAGGGCGAGAUGUUGCUUAUGUCGUCAUUUUGGUGAACCGGGAGCGUGAUCCCAUGUUGAAGCGCCUUGAGGGGAGAGCAAUGGAGAUUGCUGCACAAAGUAGGGCAGAACGCGGUGGAAUUGCAUCAGCUGAGCUUGUACAGAAGAUAGCUAGCCUAGUAGUUGAUGCCAUGGGUGGUGUAGUGGAGGAUGCUGAUGCGAUGAACAGGGAAUGGUCCACAAAGAGCCGCCAGCUCUGUGCUGGGCUAAACAGUAUUGCCCUUCCUCUUGGUUCACUUGGAAUUGGGCUCUCGCGCCACAGAUCUCUGCUUUUUAAGGUACUAGCUGACCGAGUUAAUCUGCCAUGCAAGCUUGUCAAAGGAAUAUGUUAUACUGGAACAGAUGAAGGCGCUAUUAACUUUGUUAAAAUCGACUUUGACAGUGCUGAAUAUAUUGUUGACUUGAUGGGAGCUCCAGGCACCUUAAUACCUUCAGAGAUUUCUGUCAGUCAAUUUCAGGACUCCAACAAUAGUCAACUGAGCAGUGACGCCAUUGAAGAGAGUGUUGCAGAACUAUGCAUAGCUCUUGAGCAGGUUAGCGGUGUAUAUGAGAGUAAAAAUGACAUGGGUGGAAGUUCAUCUGAUCGUAAUUCUGUCCUAGAACUUCCGACUCCACAUUUGGAAGAUACAUGUCACACAGAGAAACCACUUAAACAACGCAUUAUCUCCGACGAAGGCCAAUUUGACGAGUUCAACAUUGAAGGCGGUAUUUCUCAGCAGAAGAAAGUGAAUGACACUUCCAAGUAUUUAGUUCCUGGAGUAGUGGACCCACAGUUUGCACAAAAUUUGCAUGACUUGCUCCUGGAGGGUGGUGCUUUGCUACCAUCUGGUUUGUUAUCAUGUCAAAAUAGUCAUAAUUCUGGCAAUACAACUGAGAUGGGCAAAAACUCUAAUCCUGAAGUUAAAGAAACUCCUGGAUGGUUGCUAGUUGCUCAAACAGGUCAAAAUACACCAGAACGUUCUGUAGCUGAAGAUUCUUUACCAAAGAUUCCCUUGCCACCUUGUGAAGAUGUACAAUACCCUGUAGAAAAUACAGAAGCAACUAUCAGAAGUUUGGGUGCUAUUUCAAUUGAGGGUGAAAGGGUUGCUGAACAAUCUUUGGCAAACAUGUCAGGAAGUAGCAGUGUGAAUUUGGGCAAGUUGAGCUGUUCUAGUACGAAAACAAUCAGCUCUGUUAUGGAUGAUGUUGCUGAAGAUGAAAUAUCAUGGGAAGAUCUUCAUAUAGGAGAGCGCAUUGGUCUAGGUUCAUAUGGGGAAGUUUAUCAUGCAGAUUGGAAUGGCACGGAGGUUGCUGUAAAGAAAUUCCUUGACCAGGAUUUGUCAGGUGUUGCACUGGAGCAAUUCAAAUGUGAAGUGCGAAUCAUGUCAAGGCUAAGACACCCCAAUGUAGUUCUUUUCUUGGGAUAUGUGACGCAACCUCCAAAUCUCUCUAUAUUAACCGAAUACCUUCCAAGAGGGAGCCUAUAUCGCCUAUUGCAUCGGCCAAAUAGCAAAGUUGAUGAAACACGAAGGUUGAAGAUGGCAUUUGAUGUGGCAAAAGGAAUGAAUUACUUGCACACUAGCCAUCCUACUAUUGUACACCGUGAUUUGAAAUCACCAAAUCUUUUAGUGGACAAAAAUUGGGUUGUUAAGGUGUCAGAUUUUGGGAUGUCAAGGUUGAAGCAUCACACUUUUCUUUCCUCCAAGUCGACAGCUGGAACACCAGAGUGGAUGGCACCAGAGGUCCUGCGUAAUGAGCCAGCUAAUGAGAUGUGUGAUGUCUACAGUUUUGGAGUAAUCCUAUGGGAAUUAGCAACGUUGCGUGUACCUUGGAGCGGGCUGAAUCCAAUGCAAGUCGUCGGAGCAGUUGGGUUCCAGAACAAACGACUAGACAUUCCCAAAGAGGUCGAUCCACUGGUUGCUAGCAUAAUAUCUUCAUGUUGGGACAACGAUCCAAGCAAACGACCAUCGUUCUCCCAGCUCUUGUCACCGCUAAAGAAAUUACAGCGGCUACUUGCUACAGAAAGCCUCUGACAAUUUGUGAGACAAAUAUCUGGAUAAACGCAAAAAAAGAAGAAAAAUAUAAGUAUUUAUGCUACUACAUGGACCAAGUUUUUCAUGUUGAAGCCCGUGGAGAUGUAUUCAAGAUCUCUGCUGUAUGGAUGCGUAUGGACAAAGGUUUUGCAUAUCCUUGUGUGAAAAUUGUCUGCAGCAGCGCGAAGGUGGUGCUGAAGAAAGCGUAGCGUGUUAGUUCCAAGUGAAGAAAAUGUGGCGCAACACGAAGUGCUCUGUGCCAUGGUAAAUAAUUGUUCAGUUCUGUAUUUGGAGCAGGGUGGGGGUGAUUCUGAGAAUCAGAAUUCACUACAAAGAUAGGAUCUUGAUUUUUGUUGGUUUAAAACAGAAAAUGGAAAGGAAAAAAAGGGAACCAAAAGUUUUUUAUGUCCGCAAAAAAUGCAGGCUUAUAUUUAGCACAUGCAGUCUUGUAUAUCAUGUAUGCAGAUGUUACUUGGCAUCUCAAUCUCUAUGAAUACAUAUUAAUACUUUCAGUUA